AUGGCGAAGCGCACUCAACUGAUCGCGAUCUUCCUUCUCUUCCUAUUGGCCACGACCGCUACAACGGUCAGCGCCAAGAAGAAAAAAGCCAAGGUUGUAGAAGAAUCUGCAGAGGAUGCAUCUCCAGCUUCAGACGAAAAGCCAGCAGCUUCGGAAGAAAAAACGCCAGACGCCGCAGAAGCAGCAGAAUCCGCUGGGGACGGGGAAUCGGCGGCGGAAGCUAAGGCUUCUCCGGACGACGCUUCCGCCGACGAAGGGGGGAAAGCGGAAUCAUCUCCCGCAGCAGAGGAAGCGGCGAAGGAGGAGAAGGAGGGCGAAGGGGAGGAUACCACCGGAGCUGACAUUGCUGUUGCUGGGGCUGGGGAGGAUCCCCCUCCGGGGAGCCAGCUGGAGCAAGAUAUUAUCAAGGCGGAGAAGAAAGCCGGAGACAUUUUUCCUGCUGGGGCGUGCAAGGGGGAGAUCAAGUCGUUCUGCGAGGGCGUGGACGUGGGCAACAGGAGUCUGGAGCGCUGCCUCUCUGACAGCUUCAAACUCACCAAGGCCGCUGACGCUGCGUCGGCCGACAAGAAGUUUGGCAAGAAGUGCCUCAAGGCCAUCCGUCGGUUUAAGAUUGAAGUGUACAAGGAUAUUUCGAUCGACAAGGAGAUGAUGGAGGUGUGCAAGGAUGACAUCUCAUCGCUCUGUGACGACGACUUCCUCUACCCAGAGGUCGGCAGCGUCCUCGCCUGCCUCAGGGAGGCCAAGUCGGGCGGCAAGAUAUCGGAGGCGUGUGGGCAGAAGGUGUUUGAGGCGCAGCAGGACGCAGCCAACGACUUUGCUCUGGACCCUCAGCUGAACGAGACGUGCUCUGGGGACGUGCAGCGGCUGUGUGCUGACGUGCCCACUGGGGAGGGGCGCGUUCAGGACUGCCUGAGGGAUCACAGGAACAGCCUUAACUGGGAGUGCUUGGCGGAGCUUUUCCGGCAGGAGAUUGAGAGCUCAGAGGACAUUCGCCUCAACACGCGCCUCUUCAAAGCCUGCCUGGAGGACAAGCGCCGCUUCUGCCCCGACGUGCUGCCAGGGGACGCGCGAGUGAAGGACUGCCUGGAGACCCACCUUCUCGACUCUGACUUCUCCAAGACCUG